AUGACCUUUCGUCUCGUUCAUAUCAUACUCUCUGCCCUAGGAGCAUCAGCUACCAUUCUCUACGAUGGUCGCAUCCCACUGGGUAUGAGUAGCUCUAUUCUUGAUGUAUCCUCAGGCCCUUUUUCAACUGUGGUCAGGGGUCCUGAAAGCGCAUCUUCUGUACUGCUCCUACUUUACUAUUACACCAGCUUCGUACCUUAUUCUUCAACGGAGCAAGCCAUCUCCGUAACGAUUGACUGGACAUCAAUUUUCACGCCGGGAAGCUCCUCGCCACAGUAUGGUUUUUGCAGGACAGAGCUCAUUGCGCAAAAGAGCGGGAACACCACUGCUCUGAAUGAGGGAACGGAUACUGGCGUGUCGGUGUUCCACUUCUCCAUCAAGGCUGAUGAGACCCGUCCGUUGAAUUAUACCCACGAAUAUCAGAUAGUUUUUAUCGAGCCAACUGAUGGAUCGCAUGUGUUCGGACUUCAGCUUGGUUCGCCAUUCACCAACCCUACCGGCGUAGUCCCAGCAUCAAAUUCAUCCUCGUUUAAAGUGCUGGAUCACGACUUGGACGUUCUGUUCACCACGCCUUUCACCAACGAGACAUGGCAUAACUUCGCUAUUCAAGUCGAUUGGGUCAAUCUCACCCUUCAAGUAUUCUACUCCAUGAACGAAGAUUCCCUUGAGGCUGUCACUGACGUGAUGCCAAAUACUUCUGCAGGCCAAGGUAUCGUUGGAGAUUUUCAUUUUGGGAUCCUGAAGCUGCCUCUUGUUAACCCACUGGAUACGGCCACUCAGCAGGCAGAUGUGGUACACUACGGUCUCCAGGAGGGAAGUCUCGAAGGAUUGUUCUAUUCUGGCGUCUUUGUGGAGACAGGCCCACUGUAA